UUCGCCGUCGCCCUCGGCACCGUCAAUUUCUGCGCGCACAACGUCACCAACAUAAUAGUGCUCACGAGGGGUCUCGGCCUCAUGAUCAGCUUCUUGUCUUCUUUCAUCAAAGUGAGUGCCGGCCGAGUUGACCGAUCCAAGUGAAUCCUCUUACAAAUUGCCGAGCGUGUAACUUAGGUGCUGAUUAUGGUGAUCUACCGAGAAGACGUGAUAAAACUGAAUCGCGUCUUGUCGCAUCAAUUCGAAAAGGAUUUGGAAUUAGCCGAAAAUCGACCAUUUCUGCUGGCGCACUACCCUUCGUUUCAUCGCUACUUCAAGCUGCAUUACUACUAUACUGGAUCCAUCAUUUUUCUUAUGAUCAUCAGUCCCAUACUGGCGCUUCGACAUGGCCAAUACGUCAGAGCGUAUCCGCAGCUGAUACCCUUCGCCUAUGAGCCAGGUGGUUGGAUUCACUGGAGCAUUUACGGCUUCGAGCUGGUCGAGGGCUUGUACUGCUGGACCAACACCGUAGGCAUUGACUCAUUAUUUGGCCUAUACGCUCUUCACAUGGUGGGUCAAUUGAAAUUACUUGCUCACCGCUUCCGAAAUUUGAAAGCUGGCGCCAACUAUAAGAAACAGUUGAAGGAUUGUGUUGAUAUGCAUGCCAGGUUAAUAGAAUCGAAGUAUCUGAUGGAAAAGGUCUUCGGAUUUCUCUCGGUUUGGCUGGCAGUCACUUGUGCCAUCGUCAUAUGCGCCAUCAUCUUCCAGUCCAGUCAGACUCGCAGCAUGACCAUUUUUAAGCUUAUAUACCUGAUAGUUUAUUGCACUAUCAAAUUCAUCCAAGCCUAUACUUACGCAUGGUUCGGCUAUAUUAUCAACUUCGAAAGUAAAGUGUGUAUUGAUUCGAUAUACUACGCAUAUUGGGCAGGCCAAGGUGACUUACAACUCAUGAACGAUGUUUUGAUAGUCUUGUCACAAAAUUCGAUGGACUUCAAAGCUUUGGGCGUUAUGAUCGUUAGAAUGGACAUGUUCUCCAAGAUCAUGAAUACGUCGGUCUCAUAUUUCUUCCUGUUGAAAACGUUGGAUGCUAAGCUAGAAACAUCGUAAUAUUUUGCCUUCAAUGAUUGAAAAUAUAUCUUUUCAUUCGACACAUGUACGUUAUUUUUCCAAAUAUAGGACCAUACCCAAUAUGGGACUAUGUUCGAAAUUUCAAUUUACGCGUGUUAUAACUGUCGGUUCCGUCGGUUCAAAUCAUCUCUGACGGCCAAAGCCGUUUUGCAAAAUGACAAUUUGGGUCCAUGCGAUAUGUCAUUUCUAAACAUAGAACUUGAAUACGUCAUUCGACCCAUUGUCUUUUAUCUUUUUAAAAGAACUCAUCGGGUAUUUUUUAGCGCGUAAAUAAAUGAAAUGCUUCCCUAACUAGUUAGUUCCAUUGUUUAAAUAUUCCAAUACGAAACUAUACCAAGA